GCAGAUAGAAGUGAAGUGGCGUAAGAAGAGGAGGAAAAUCCCGGAUAGCCUGCCUGCUUAUUAUUAUGUACAGUUGCUUUCAGCACCACCGUGUUUGAUACUUGCAAACGUGACAUUUUAAUUUUUGAGAAAGCCAGCAGAAAUGAAUUCUUCCAGAAGGAACGAACAUGACUGGCAAGGUUUGGUGAGCGAGUUCCUGGUCUGCAAGCGCAAGCUGGAGAGCAAGAAGGAGGCCCUGCUCAUCCUGUCCAAGGAGCUAGACUGCUGCCAGCAGGAGCGAGACCAGUACAAGCUGAUGGCCAACCAGCUGAGGGAGCGCCACCAGGGCCUGAAGAAGAAGUACCGGGAGCUCAUCGAUGGGGACCCCAGUUUACCCCCUGAAAAACGAAAUCAGGUGAACCUGGCCCAGCUGUUGAGAGAUUCCCGGGAGAGGGGUAAACAGCUCGCGGAGGAGAUGAAGGAACUGAAUCAGCGGCUGGCGGAGGCCCAGGGGGAUAACAAGCUGCUCAGGAUGACCAUCGCCAGGCAGAGGCUGGGGGACGAGGAGGUCGGGGCCCGCCACUUCCCGGCCCAUGAGCGCGAGGACCUGGUGCGGCAGCUGGAGUGGGCGCGCGUAAUGAACGAGGAGCUGGAAAACCUUCUGAAGGCGUCGAGCGACGAGCUGCAGGAUGUGAAAGCUGAGCGGAGCGUGUUCCAGGAGAAAGCCAACCGCCUCAACCAGGAGCUCAACCACAUCCUGGGCGGUCACGAGAACCGCAUCAUCGACGUGGACGCCCUCUGCAUGGAGAACAGAUACCUACAUGAGAGAUUUAAGCAACUCCAAGAAGAGGUCAGCCUGCUGAAAGUGAACAUCAUGAAGUACAAGAAUGCUCUGGAGCGGAGGAGGAACUCGAAAACGUGCAGUAAAUCUAAAAGCAGCAGUCUCACGGGAGUGCUCUCCGCCAGACAAGUACAUGAGCUGCUGGCUGAAGAGAGUGGGUGUGGUCUCCCCGCCACGCCUCAGUCAGUCUCAGACCUGAAAUCCCUGGCCACCGCCCUGCUGGAGACCAUCCAUGAGAAGAACAUCAUCAUACAGCACCAGCGCCAGACCAACAAGAUCCUGGGAAACAGAGUUUCUGAAUUGGAGAAGAAGCUGAAGACCUUGGAGGUGUCUGGAUUCUGGAGUCUUCCAGGAGGACGAGACGCCAUUAGCCUGAAUGAGAGCCAGCACCCCCGGUCUCCUCUGCUGGGGCUCACGCAGCAGCCAGCGCAACCGCGAGCACAGCCACCCAAAGAUGACAGGACAGGAAGUAAGGAAGCUCCGGCAUGGGAAUAUGGCACAGCUGGCAAAGACGGCCACCCAAAAGUGUGGCCCGGCUCCCAAGCUGGUCCAGAUGGCAGCAGUGGGGGAGGCGCACCUGUUUGUUUGGACGCCUCCGAGCGCGGUGCCAGAGAGGGGGCGGAGCUGACAGAGGAGGAGGCGGAGAUGGAACAGAGGGACGCGGCGGUUGUGAAGCUGACUGAGGAGCAGGCCGGCACUGAGCUGACAAGUCCAAAGGAGGAGCGGGAAGAAGAGGCAGCCACUGCCCCUGGCAGUGCCCCCACUAAGCCUGAAUCCCUCAUAGAUAGCCCCUUAGAACACUCUGAGUCUCAAGCUCCUCCCACUGUUUUAGGCCCCGCCCCAAAGGAGGGGCCUCCUCCAUGCCACGCUCAGGAGGAGGAGGAGGACCAUCCUGAAACCUCUGGCCGUCUAUCUGUACUGUGUUCCCAGGCCACCAGCCCCACCCACACUGAGGAGUCGGGGCCUGACGGCACUGUGGAGGAGAACGACAACUACUUCCGUGAAAGCCUCGCGUAGUUUCUGCCCUGAUCUCCCUGGUAAUGAAGACAUAGAGAGGUUCACACAGCACACAGAAAGACGGGGAGGACGAGGGAGACACCACGCUGCCUUGGGCUCCUGCUGCAAAACGUGCUUUAUCUGCGGCGUUUGCUUUGUACUUGUUUUACACGUGUUCCGCGUGUCUUCACCAAACAUUUACCUUCGGGAAAAUAAAGAGACAGGGUCUCCCAGAUCCCUGGUCUCUGCAGGUUUUCCUCCUGCGUUGCCUGUGAAUGUACCUGCCUGUGAAGCACACACAUGCCCUUGGAAAGAUUGAUGAAUGGAUGAGGAGGGUGUAUGAACUGUGCAGUGAGCAGAUAUAUUUUCGGAUUGUUCCCAAAUAGACUCUCUGCACGCGACUGUUCAUGAGAGACUACCCAGGAACUCGGUAAACCCCUAGGAACUAGGAAAUGAUUUGCAAAUAUAAAAUUAAUUUAUGGCUGCACUAGCUUAUUUAUUAUUUAUGGAUAUGGUAUAUUGCUAAUGAUCAAGCUGAUAGAAGUGUACUUGAAGCAUAAGGCGGAAAUUGCCCUAGUGGGACGUUGGUAAACUAGCCGUUUCUAAAUGGCUCUGUUUCUUAAACUGAGCUGUUAUUUUUGUUCAUUGUGCAUCUCUCUUUGGGUACAGGCUCCCCUGCUCUGCCCUGUGUGGUUUGCUGACUGCACACAGGGCUUCAGAAAACAUGGCACAUGCCAAAGUCCAAAGGCUGGCACGGUAGCGUGGCGCCAACCUCUCGUGAUGCCGUUGCACAACAUUUGUCCAUGCAUCCAGCCAUUUUGUGACCCGCUUAUUCCUCGUCAGGGUCGCAGGGGGGGCUGGAGCCUAUCCCAGCAUGCAUUUGACGAGAGGCAGGAAUGUAGGCAGAAAUGCACCCUGGACAGGUCGCCAGUCCAUCACAGUGUGAUUUAGAGUCUCCAUUUAGCUUAACGUUUGUUUUAACUUAACAUGUGAUAUUUUGAUCUUUCGCAUUACACUCACCACGGCAACAACAGAUCGCCAGACGGACCGUUUGAUUUCUGUAGAUCGGUCUCACUGCCAAAACCAUAAGAGUGUUUUACUCUGAGGGGUGUGAAUUACUUUAAAUGAGAUCUUCCUGGGAGUUUGUACUGUAAACGGAGCGAGCUUCUUGGAUUCUAGCUCUCACCCCAUCCCUGAGACUCAAACCCGUCGUGCCAGCUGGCCUCCCUGAGAAGAAAAAAAAAAAAGCACGGUGCCAAAAUUUAUAAAACUGCUUAUUUUGCAGAAUGCCGUUUUCUAUUUUUACUCCACAACAACGUUCCCGGGAUUCAGUGCACGGAUCCCUGCUGCCCCGCAGCUGAUCUGGCAGAUUGGCGCGAUGCUCCAGGAAUGAGACGGCUUCAUAAAAGAGAUGGAAUUUCUACCAAAGAAACCGAAGCGUUGUGCUGUGGCAGCGCGGCCUUUACAGAAGCAUUAAACCAGUGUACCAGCUCGCGGUGGCGCCUGAUGGUCGCAGUCGUUGCCGGGCCUGUGUUUCGUGAAAUAACUGUUGACGGAAGUAACAUUUCUUCUCUCUUCCCCUCGGUGUGGUGCUGAGCGCUAACUGAAUAAAUCGAAUAAAGUUUGAAGGGGUUUCCAUGGUAGACGACAAAAUGCAUCGCAACUUGGGAUUGAGGAAGUUGAACAGUUUCGGCUCCUGCUGAGAGGGUGAAACGAAGGCUUUGUCUGGGCGCUAGAUGGAUUGAAGUCGACGAUUCACUUUUCAUCCCCUUCUCUUGCAGAUUGCCUGGCGCAGUCUGUCAUUUGGCACAGUGGGAGAGCAGAUCUUCCUGCUACAUCUUCUGCCUCUUGCCCGAUUAGACAGAGAGCUGCGCAUUUGCAAAAGGCCAGGCACCGUUCAAUUAAACGUGAGGGUGCCUGGGUGAGAUCUCAUUCCCCGGUGAUUGAUCGAACUCUGCCUUUUGGACACCGCACUUUCUUGCCAGAGAAGAAUUUCAUUCCAGUUCUUGAUGGUGUCGGGCGGUUUAGUGCCAUCCUGUGGUUCUUGACCACGUUUCUGAUGCAGGUCUGGCUGGAGUCCGGCAGAUUCCGGCUUCUGUUCGCAGCUGUUGGGCCCUCGCGUGAACAGAAAAUACAGUAUCCUCCACUGGAAUUGUGGGAAAAAUGAGGCCACAGUCACUGUUGCCCUUGCCUGGGCCCAUCUGAGUAAUUUCGUUUUUCAUACCCGUAUCUUAGCAGCAGUGUGUGCCGAUUGCUGAUUGGCUGCGAGGGUCAGGGUAUGCUGGGAGGGUCCGCGGGACAGAGCCCUCUCUGCUUAGUGACAGACACAGUCAUCUGACUCCGGGAGCCAGAGGGGGGUGUAAUUAGGGGCACCGCUGGGGGAAAUCGCUCAUCUGCUGAUUUUAAUCAAACUCCAGAGGAGCCGAGUUUGGUGUGCCAGCCUGGGGUCGCGGCGGGGGGCCUAGUCAGCGUGUCGCCUGCACGUCGCAAUCCCGGCCACACCGGCGGCCGAGGACACAGAACGGCGCGCUGUCCCCGGCGGUCGUGACGGGGAUCCAUUUUAGGGCCCGUCGUCUCGGGGAGGGGCUGGCGGGAAGCAGCCAUUUUGCACACAUUCCUGCGUCAGGUUACUUACUUCAGCAGCGCCCCUGAUGGAUCUGUCAGACAUGAAACCACUUCACCUGUGCGAAUCUGUGCGGUCCGAAUGCAGUCAGUCAUUUUCGGGAGAUUUGAAAUUUGAAAGUCUUCGAGCCCCGAAGGUCCGUCUUCCUGUUAGAAAAGUGUAACUUUUUUUUUUUACUUUGGUUGACAGGUCUAUAAUUCAGAACUGGAAAAUAACACUGAACGCUCAGUAAAGCGUAAUGCCCUUGUCUUGUAGAGCAUUUGACUCCUUGUUUCAUUCCUCUCAUGCAUUGAUUAACAAGAUAUGUGCAGAAGUAGUGCACCAUAUUUCACAGUGGCAGGACCCUAGCUUUUGUUCUGUUCUGAUUGCAUUAAAUUGGCAAUAUAAGUUAAACCAUUAUUAUUUUUAUUAUUAUUAUUAUUAUUGUUGUUAAUUAUGAAACUGCAGAUAAUAUUUAAUGUAUUGUCUGUUGCUUUAUUGUUAAGCAAUGAUAGUGUUUGUAUAAUAAACGGGCAUAAUAAAAAUACAAUAUACUGUUCCUUCCUUUGGCUGCUGAUCUGCAGCUCUCCUCAUACACACAUUUAGAUGUCUAUAUGAGGGUGAUAAUGCUUUCAUUUGGAUUGGCCCCUUUGCACAAGUAAUUUCUUUUGGUCAUCUGGAUUGCUACGUGGCUCAGCAUCUCCUUUUCUCUUAUACUGUUCCGGUGAUACGGAGUUGUGCCUCUUUGAGUUAUUUAUUGCCUAUAAUUAUACUUGUUGUGUUUCCACAAGGGCAAAUCCUGUGCAAACCGUUGGUGGAACAGAAGGGUCAGUGCACUUUAUGUCAUUAUUUAUUUUCCAUUUGAUUUGUUUAUGCAUUUGGAAUUGAGGUGGAGAAUAUGUGAAUAGUUAUGCAAAUAAAGCGCAUAAAUCACAUUGUUGUAUGCUACUGAAUACACUCCUGCGCAAAGGGGAGACACCCAGUCAACUUUGUUUUUUUUAUUUCUGCUGUUAUGUGUUCCUGGAACGUACAGUGGAGCAGGUCACAAGAAGACUGGGAAUAUUUUCUAUGCCAUUGUUGAAUGAAUAUUGUGACAUUUAGCUGGUGAUGUCACCGUUGAAAAGAGAUACACUUGUCAAGCCCAGAUAAGCGUGGAGGCUAUGCUGGAUGUCUGCAGAAGCUGGGCUUUACAGUCAGAUCUCUAUUAAGAUAGUUGAUUAUGGGCUGGCCUGAUAACAGGGGACGAGAGCACUGAUAUCUAAAGUGUAACAGAAGUAACGGACUCCAUGCAGUUCUAAUGUGAAAGCGCUCCAGAAGGGCGGGGAAUUGCCCAACCUGGCAGAGUGUGCGCUGUUACAAAUGUAAAUACGGAUAUUCGGCAUCCAUUUCAAGCUCAAGACUUUGCUCAUGCAAACGCACGGGGCCACGUUCAGGCACAAAGCUGCUCAAAAACGCUGGAAACGAGGCCUUGCACUUUACAGGAGAAAGAACUGCGGCUCUCACUUUGUCUCCUAAUAGCUUUUCCUCCUCGAAUAAAAGCGUGCCCUGCUGGGAAGACCCCUCCGGAGUGACAGUUGGUCGCUUCAGUGGCCCGGCAGGGUUUGACUUCUCUAGUCCUGGAGGGCCCGCUACCUGUGGGGCUUCAAUCUCAAUUACUGCUGCCUGUGAUUAAGACCCGGAAAAUCACAGCUUUUCACCUCUUAAUCAACUGACAAGGCCCGAGGUAGAAGGAAAACCAGGAACUAAUGAAGGACCGGAAUCAGUCAGCCUUAGUCUGAGAGCCAAUAAAUGCACCAGCAGGUGCGGUCCAGAUAGAAGUGGCCACAGAAAUAUUGAAGGUGAGAGUAAGGCUGGCAUGAAGCACUUUGUAUGCCCGAUGGGGGGGCAAGAAAAUCCUCAUUUAAAGUUUAGACAUUUCUGCCACUCUUUCCUUCUGUCCAGAUCUUGUCAGCAGUGACCUUUAGCAGCUCCAGAUGUGGCUGACUUGAUGAAUGAGCCAUGGAUGUAAAUAAUGUUCCCAUUUUACGGAAGAAUACAGUACUCAUUCCUUGUUAUUUUAUGUGUUAUGUGAUGGUUUUAUUAAAUCCUUGCACCCUG